AUGCCGUCGGCCAACGACUCGAUGCCGAUCGCCAUUGUGGGCAUUGCCUGCCGCUUCCCCGGCGAUGCCUCGAACCCGGAGAGGUUCUGGGACAUGCUCGCGGCUGGAAAGAGCGCCCUGUCGGAAGUGCCCAAGGACCGCUUCAAUAUCGACGCCUUCUACCACCCCAACCCCGAGCGGCACGGUGCCUUCAACACGCGCAGCGGCAACUUCAUGAAGAGCGAUGUUAUCGGCUUUGACGCCCCCUUCUUCUCCAUCACGGCCAAGGAGGCACAUGCCAUGGAUCCUCAGCAGCGGAUUGCGCUGGAGCUGACUUAUGAGGGGCUGGAGAACGCUGGAAUAAGAAUCCAAGACGUUGCCGGCUCAGACACGGGCUGCUACAUGGCGUGCUUUGCUCAUGAUUACUUGCGCCUGCGGUCUCAUGACCCCGAAGACUUUCCCCUGUACGAGGGGACGGGUAACGGCCAGCCCCUCCUCGCCAACCGCGUGUCAUGGUACUUCGACCUCAAGGGCCCCAGUCUCGCGCUCGACACGGCGUGCUCGUCCUCGUUGGUGGCGCUGCACCUGGCCUGCCAGAGCAUCCGCAGCGGCGAGACCACGUCGGCUAUAGUCGGCGGCGCCAACAUUGUCUUCAUGCCAGAGCUGGCCAUGGCGCUGAGCUCGCUCCACUUCCUCAGCCCCGACGCCCGGUCCAAGGCGUUUGACGCCAGCGCCAACGGCUAUGCCCGCGGCGAGGGCGCCGCCGUGGUCGUCCUCAAGUCGCUGGACGCCGCCCUGCGGGAUGGGAAUGUCAUCCGCGCCGUGAUCCGCGGCACGGGGGUGAACCAGGACGGGCGCACGCCAGGCAUCACGGUCCCUUCGGCCAGGUCCCAAGAAGAGCUCAUCCGCAGCACGUACGCCUCUGCCGGGCUCGACUUUAGGGACACGCAGUACUUUGAGGCCCACGGAACAGGCACGCCUGUCGGCGAUCCGCUCGAGUGCAGUGCCAUUGGCGCCACCUUUGGCCAGUCCCGGACGCCGGAGCAGCCAACCAUCCUCGUCGGGUCUGUGAAAACAAAUAUUGGCCACCUCGAAGCCGCGGCGGGCCUGGCCGGGCUCAUCAAGGCCGUGUAUUGUGUCGAGAAGGGCCAGAUCCCUGCCAACCUGUGGUUCGAGAAGCCGAAUCCGCGCAUCGACAUGGAGGUCUGGAAGCUCAAGAUCCCCACGCAGCUGGUCCCGUGGCCUACCAAGGGACUGCGCAGGGCAAGCAUCAACUCGUUUGGAUACGGCGGCACCAACGGCCAUUGCAUUAUCGACGACGCGUACCACUACCUCAAGGCGCAAGGGCUGCGCGGGGCUCACAGCACCGCAGUCCCAAAGGCGGCCAGAGCCGCACACAGCCUUGACAAUAGCAGUGCCGUGCUAGAAACAAAGCCCCCAGACUCCAAGCCUGUAGCAGUUCAUGUAGUCGAGAUCGAGAACGGCUCCGAGACAUCAGACGCGCUCUCCACAUCCCCGUCGGCCGGCAGCGAGAGCGACGAGACCCCCGAGUCGGUCGUCCUGCACGUGCAGAGCAUCCUAUCCACGUCCGACAUCAACAGGGAGGAGAAGCCGGUGACCACACAAACAGCUACAGCUACAGCUACAGCGACAAAAACCAGCGAAGAACUAGCAAUCAGUACUCGGUCCCCGCGCCUGCUGGUCUGGUCCUCGCACGAGCAAAAAGGCACCGACAAGCGCGCCGCCGCGCUCGCAGCUUACCUCGACUCGCACGCCACCGCCGACGAGGAAGACGAACAGGCACUGCUAGACCGGCUGGCGUUCACGCUGUCCAACAAGCGCAGCCAGUUCCAGUGGCGGUCGUUUGCCGUGGCAUCCAGCGUGGCCGCAGCGCGCGCCGCCCUGGCCAAGCCGCGCAAGCCCGUCCGCGCCUCGUCCGACGCUCCGCCCGUGCUCGGCUUUGUGUUUACCGGCCAGGGCGCCCAGUGGUACGCCAUGGGCCGCGAGCUGUUGGCGUAUACCGUGUACCGCGAGAGCGUCGAGGCCGCGGCGAAGCAUAUCAAGGCGCUGGGCGCCGAGUGGGAUCUGGUUGACGAACUGAUGGCAGACAAGGCGUCGUCGCGCGUUGGCGAGCCGACCAUCAGCCAGCCCGCGUGCACCGCGCUCCAGGUGGCGCUGGUUGACCUGCUCGCCAACUGGAACAUCCGCCCGUCGGUGGUGACUGGGCACUCGAGCGGCGAGAUUGCAGCGGCAUACGCCAAAGGCGCCAUAUCCCGCGAAGAUGCCUGGAUGAUCGCCUUCCACCGCGGGCGGCUGUCCACCGCCAUCACGCAAGAAGGUGCCAUGCUGGCAGUCGGCCUGGGCGACAACGCGGCGCGCGUCCGCAUCAAACAGAUGCAGGACGGCGCGGCGUCGGGCACAGGCCAUGUCGUCGUGGCGUGCAUCAACAGCCCGUCCAGCGUGACCGUGUCGGGCGACGUCGCGCUGAUCGCCAAACUCCAGGCCGUACUGGACGCGGACAAGGUGUUCAACCGCCGGCUGGACGUGCAGCGCGCCUACCACUCGCCACACAUGGCGGGCAUCGCCGACGCGUAUUUGGGCGCCAUGCAGGGGCUGACCCGGCCCGCACCAGACACGAGCAGCCCGCCGGCAGUGGCCAUGUUCUCAUCCGUCACAGGCGCACUCGUCGACGCGGCCACUCUCGCGUCGCCGGCAUACUGGGUGUCGAACCUAGUCAGCCCCGUUCAGUUCAGUGGCGCGCUGCAGGCGGCACUAGACCACACGCCCGGCGGCGGCGGGAAGCGGCGCACAACGGCGGCACGCAAGGCCGGGCGGGUCGACGCGCUCGUCGAGAUCGGGCCGCACGCCGGGCUGCAGGGCCCUAUCAAGCAGGUCCUGGCGGCGCGGGCGGCUGGCAAGGCGGCCGCGGUGCCAUACGUGUCGGUGCUGCUGCGCAACAGCGACGCGCGCCACACGGCGCUCGAGGCGCUCGGCGCGCUGGUGCAGCUGGGGUACGGCGGUGCCGACGUGGCGCGGGCGAACCGGCCAUCGACCAAAGAAGGCCAGGCGGUCGACAUGCUGACCGACAUGGCGCCGGUGGCGUGGAACCGCAGCACGCGGUACUGGCACGAGGCGCCGGCCACAAAAGCGUUCCGGUUCCGGGCGCGGCCGCGGCACGACCUGCUGGGGGCGCGCAGCGAGUUCUCGAGUGGCGCCGAGCCCAGCUGGCGCAACUACCUGCGCGUGGCCGAGCUGCCGUGGCUCGACGACCACCAGGUGCAGGCGUCGCUGCUGUACCCGUUCGCGGGCAUGCUGGUCAUGGCGGUCGAGGCGGCGCGGCAGGUCGCUGAGGACCAGAACCCCGAGGGCGGCCGAGAGGUGGAGGGGUUCCGCCUGCGGCACAUCUCGGCCGGUGCGGCGCUGGUGAUCCCGCACGACGGUGCUGGCGGGAGGGAGGGGUCCAUCGAGACCAAGUUGCAGCUGCGGCCGUGGCGGGCGGGGUCCAAGACGCUCGACUUUGCGUGGCACGAGUUCACCAUUGCCUGCCGCAAUGCCGAGGGCAGCUGGACGCAGAACUGUGCCGGCCUCGUGGCCGUGCAGUACCGCGCCGCGGCCAGCUCCGUGUUUGUCGACGAGACGGCGGCUGAUAUGGCCCGCCACCGCGCCGAGUACGAGCGGCUUGUCGACGCGAAGCUGCCCGAGGUGCCCAUCAGGGAGUUUUAUGCUUUUCUCGACAAGCUGGGCGUGCAGCUCGGCCCGUCGUUCCAGACGCUCAGCCGCGUCGGGUCGGGCCACUACGAGGCGCACUGCGAGCUGACCGUGUCGGACACGGCAGCGCUGAUGCCCGAGAACUACGAGCACGAGCACGUCAUCCACCCGGCGACGCUCGACGGCGUGGUGCAGAUGGCCGCGCUCGCCGCAACAGCGGGCGGCCUGACGGUCGACCGCGCCAAGAUCCCGCGCUUCAUCGACAGCGUGUACGUGUCGGCCCGCGUCGCCGCCAAGAAGCCCGGCGACACCAUGGUCGGCUACGCGCGGUCCAAGCCGCAGGGCCACCACGAGUUCGUCGGCACGGCCGUCGUGUCCGACGCGGCCUGGAGCGAGCCGCUGGUCGUCAUCGAGGGCUGCCGCACGGUGGCCCUCGAGAGCCUCGACGGCGAGCAGCAGCAGCAGCAGCAGCAGCAGCACGACACGGCCGUCGAGAACCUGACCAAGAUGGGGGCGCGCCACCGCUGGGACGUCGACGCCGAGCUGACGCCGCCCGCCGCCGUUGCUGCGCAGCUGCUGCGCGCCGUAGAGAAUAUCCCCGACGCGGCGCAAGAUGACGUGCGCGACCUCGAGCACGCUAGCUUCAUCAUCUGCAAGCGCGCUACGCAGACGCUGACUGCCGCCGCCCGCGGCAGCCUCGCCCCGCACCACAAGCUGCUCGUCGCCUUCAUGGAGCAGCAGGUCGCGCGCGCCGGGCGGCACGAGCUCGACUGCCAGCCGCGGCCGGAUUCUCACGACGGCAGCGACUGGCUGUCGUGCUCGCCCAGCGACGACGACGCGGUGCUGGCGCGCGUCGGCAGCGCGUCGGUCGACGGGGAGCUGCUAGCGCGCGUGGCGGCGCACCUGCCCGGCAUCCUCGCGGGCAGCGUCGAGCCGCUGCAGGUGCUGCGCGAGGACGGGCUGCUGACAGCCUACUACCGGCGCGCGCUGGGCACGGCGCGCAUCCAGGGCGUGCUGGGCGCGUACGCGCGGCUGCUGGCCCACAAGCGGCCGCUGCGUGUGCUCGAGGUCGGUGCCGGCACGGGUGGCACUACUGCUGUGGUGUUGGCUGCGCUGGGGAGGACGGCGGGCGAGGCGGGGAAUAGGUUGGUUGAGUAUGUGUUUACUGAUGUCAGCAGCGGCUUCUUCGAGGCCGCGGCGGCCGAGUUUGAGGAGUGGGCGCCGUUUCUCGACUUCCGAGUCUUGGACAUUGAGAAGGAUCCCACGGCGCAGGGGUUUGCAGUGGGCGCCUAUGACUUGGUCGUGGCGAGCAACGUGCUGCAUGCCACGAGCCGGCUGGCCGACACGUUGAAGCACUGCCGCGCGCUGCUGAGACCUGGCGGCGUUCUUAUGCUCGAGGAGAUCACGUCUUCCCUGGCACGUGUUCCCAUGGUCGUCGGGUCGCUACCGGGAUGGUGGAGCGGGGAGAACGACGGCCGAAAAGGGGGCCCGCUCAUCUCGGAGGCGCGGUGGGACGAACAGCUCCGCGCGCAGGGCUUCGGGGGCAUCGACCUUUGUUUCCGCGACACGGCCACGGCGCCGUCGCUCAAGUCGCUCAUGCUAGCCGUGGCUGCGCCUGCGCCGGCCCUCCCGCCGCCGCCGCGCCACGUCGUCGUUGUCAAGAGCAACACCGCCGACACCGCCGUCGCCAGCCUCGUGGCCCAGAUCUCCCACGCCCUGCAGGCCCAAGCCGGCGAUACCGUAUCCAUCCAGGAGCUCACUCUCGCCGAGGCCGCCACGGCUAGCCUGGCCGGGAAAGCGUGCAUCGUCGCCCUCGAGGCGCAUACGCCGUUCAUGGCACACCUCGCCGCAGAAGCCGACUUCAACGCCAUCAAGCACGUGGUCCUCGCGGCGGGCAGCACGCUGUGGCUGACGCGCGGCGGCGCCGUCGACGCCCCGACCCCCGAGGCCAACGUCAUGGUCGGGCUGGCGCGGACGAUCCGCGGCGAGAACCCGAGCGUGCGCAUCGCCACGCUGGACCUCGACUCCGCCGACACCGAUUCUGCAUCCACUGCCGCGGCCGUCGCCCACGUCUUCCGCGCCGCCGACGCCGCCGCCAACACCGAGUUCGAGUUCGCCCUGCGCGCCGGCCGCGUGCUAGUUCCGCGUCUGCACAGCGACCCCGAGCUCAGCAGCCUGUUCGCGAAACCGGCCGCCGCCGCCCCAUCCGCUCCCGACAGCAACAGCCCAGUGUCGCCGCCCGUCCACAAGCAACCCACCAUCAAGCUCCUCCCCCUGAACCCAUCCCCACCACACGAAGCCCCGCUGUCCCUCGCGCUCGACAUCGCCACGCCAGGGAUGCUCAACACGCUGCACUUCGCCCCGGACACGUCCCCAUCCACACCCCUCGCACCGCACGACGUCGAGAUCCGCGUGCAGGCCGUGCCGCUAAACUUCCACGACGUCAUGUUCGCCAUGGGCCACGCCGACACGUCCAUGGCGGGCGACGACGACGGGCUCGGCGUCGAGUGUGCGGGCACCGUCUCACGCGUCGGCAGCGCCGUGAAACGCUUCGUGCCGGGCGACAGGGCCGUCACGUGCCGGAUUGGCUGCUGGCGGACAUUCGCGAGGCAGCACGAGGACGCUGUGCAGCAGGUGCCGGACGGGGUCGGGCUGGUGGAGGCGGCGAGUUUUGCGUCCGUGUACUGCGCUGCGCUGUACUCUCUGGUCGAUGUCGCGAGGUUGAGGCCCGGCGAGACGGUGCUGGUGCAUGCGGCGGCGGGCGGGUUCGGACAGGCGGCCGUGGCCGUGGCGAGGGAUUUGCUUGGCGCGGGCGAGGUUUUCGUGUCGGUGGGCAGCGAGAGGAAGAAGAGGUUUGUCGUGGAGGAGCUGGGGGUCAAGGCGGAAAAUGUGUUGAAUAGUAGAGACGCGGGAAGUUUCGCGGCGGGGAUCAAGAGGUUGACGGGCGGGAGGGGGGUGGAUGUGGUGCUCAACUCGCUGGCCGGCGAGGCGUUGCGGGAGUCGUGGGCGUGCCUGGCGCCGUUUGGCAGGUUUGUCGAGCUGGGGAAGAAGGAUAUGUUCGGCAACAGCGGCCUCGACAUGGCGCCCUUCCUGCACAACACGACCUUUGCCGGCGUCAACAUGGGCGCCGUCUUCAACCACAACAUCCCCCUGGCCGCCCGCCUGCUAGCCGACGUCAUGCGCUACCACGCCCAGGGCGUAGUCAAGCCCCUGCGCCCGCUGACCGUCAUGAGCUUUGCCCAGAUCGAAGCGGCCUUCCGCACCAUGCAGGCCGGCAAGCACAUUGGCAAGCUGGUGCUGGUCCCGCACGACGACGACCUCGUGCCGAUGAUCCCGCCGCCGCCGCGUCCCAAGCCGGCCCUGGCCCUCCGUCCCGACGCGACCUAUCUCCUCCCCGGCGGCUUGGGGGGGUUGGGCCGCUCGCUUGCCUCGUGGAUGGCGGCCCGGGGAGCGCGCCACCUCGUCUUCACCUCGCGAUCGGGCGCCCAGUCGCUCGAGGCGCAGGCCUUGCUGAAGGCGCUGGACGAGCAGGGCGUCAGGGCCAAGGCGUUUGCCUGCGACAUUGGCGAUGCGGCCGAGUUCAAGCGCGUGCUCGCCGAUGUCGAAAGUGGUGGUUUUCCGGCCAUUACAGGGGCCGUGACGUUUGCAAUGCAGAUUCAGGACGUCUUCUUUGAGAACAUGACCAUUCAAGACUUCGGCGCGGCGGUCCGUCCCAAGGUCGAAAUCACGCGUAACCUGGACGCGCUUCUCCCCAAGGACCUCGACUUUUUCAUCUGCAUGUCGUCCGUCGCCGGCGUCGUCGGUUCGCGCGGACAAGGCAACUACAACGCCGGCAACACAUACCAAGACGCCAUGGCGCGCCGGCGCCGCGCGCAGGGCCUCAACGCCACGAGCAUCUGCCUGGGCAUCGUGCAGGACGUGGGCUUCGCCGCCGACAAGGGCGUCGUCGAGCAGCACCGCUACCUGGACAAGGGCGCCGCCAUCUACCUGACCGAGGCCGACGUGCUCACCGCCAUCGAGGCCGCCAUGGCCCCAUCCCCACCGGCAAUCGACGACGCCGAGGCCGUGCUCGGCCUCGCCACGGGCGGCCUGCUGCAGGCUGGUAACCACGAGGAGCCGUACUGGUUCCCCGAGGCACGCUUCGCCCCCGUGCGCGUCUACGACACGCAGGUCCAGCAGGCCAAGAGCUACUACCAGCAUGUCGGCGGCUCGGCGGGCGGGAGCGGCGGGCGCGGGGCCACGGGCGAGGAGACGCGUGUUGCGCUGGCAGCGGCUGCGAGCGCCGACGAGGCCGCUGCCGUGGCUCUGGGCGCCCUGACGCGCAAGCUGGCGCGCGCCAUGAUGAUGGACGAGGCCGACCUCGACCCGGAGAGCCCGGCCAACUCGUACGGCAUUGAUAGUCUGGUGGCUGUCGAGAUCCGCGCGUGGGUGUUCAAGGAGCUGCGCAGCGAGGUAUCCGUGUUUGAGAUUUUGAGCAACGCGUCGCUGGCGUCGCUGGCUGCUAUUGUGGCUGCGAGGUCGUCGGUUGUGAGGAGCGGCAUCGCGGCCAAGGGAGAGGACGAGUAGCGUUGGGUAGAUCUGAGGGGGGGGGGGUUUUUUUUUUUCCAAAUGAGCAAGUGGAUAUAGAAAGGCGACUUGACUAAGACAGCAUGCCAAGAGAGGAGGUCAAUGUAAGAGGCUGCAUGGUACCAGGCGGUGAUGUUCUUUGCUGAAAAUCGAAUUAUUGGCCCCAAAGGAUCCGCGAUUCUAGGCGCAUCCGCGGCCGGUCGCCGACUGCUGCCCUUACCGCAAAGUCUCGUCUCCAGCCCAUCAUCUUCCUCUGCGCUGGAAUGCACCUCAGCUAUAAAACCUGUCAACGUCAUCUAGUUCUCGACCCUCUCACCAUCAUCAUCACCUGCAUCGUUUCCCACUCAGCUGCCAACUUCUAACACGCACGCUUUUCAACCGGAAACCCUAGCUCCUCUGUCAAAAUGAAGUUCUGGAAUAUCCUCGCCCUUACCCUCCCGGCCCC